AUGCUGAAGAUGGAGCCUCUGAACAGCACCCACCCCAGCACCGCAGCCUCCAGCAGCCCUCUCGAGUCCCACGUGCCCGCCAGUGGCAGUGGCAACGGCAAUGAAUACUUCUACGUUCUGGUUGUCAUGUCCUUCUAUGGCAUUUUCUUGAUUGGGAUCAUGCUGGGCUACAUGAAAUCCAAGAGGCGCGAGAAGAAGUCCAGCCUCCUGCUGCUGUACAAAGACGAGGAGAGGCUCUGGGGCGAGGCCAUGAAGCCGCUGCCCAUGGUGUCGGGCCUGAGGUCGGUGCAGGUGCCCAUGAUGUUGAACGUGCUGCAGGAGAGCGUGGCGCCCGCUCUGUCCUGCGCCCUCUGCUCCAUCGAGGGAGACAGCGUGAGCUCCGAGUCCUCCUCGCCGGACGUGCACCUCACCAUCCAGGAGGAGGGGGCGGACGACGAGCUGGGGGAGACUUCGGAGACGCCUCUCAAUGAAAGCAGUGAGGGCUCCUCCGAGAACAUCCAUCAGAAUUCCUAGCACCCCCAGGGCCUCUGGAGGUGGCCCCGUCAGCCAGCACCCUUAGAGAGAGGAAGGACACUCUUCGUGUCUGGUUUCACUUGUGCAGUGCAGCUGUCGCUUUGAAGAGACCCUUGGCAAGCCCCUGGAUGGGGGGUGGUGGGGCGCCAGGCUCAGCUGGAGCCGGUUGCCGCCAGGAGUCCACGACCUGCCUGUGGUGUGGACCCACCACUAAA